AUGGCGGACGUCACUGAACCAGCCACUGACACCAACGACAUGCAGACCGAAGAGACCAACCAGAAGAUUGAAGAGCCCACCAUCAAGGCCGACGACCUCACUACUAAGAAGCGCAAGAUCGACGCUGAAGAGAACGACGCCGAGGCCAAGACGAAGAAGACUAAGGUGACGAAAGGCGUCGAGACUGCUGAAGAAGUGAAGAAGGACGACGGAGUCGAUGCUCAAGAUUCUGCUCAAGCCGACGCAGGCGCAGAUGUCACCGUGACAGAUGCAGCAGACGCGGACGACAUGGACAAAGCUGCCAAACCUAAGACUACCUCCGAAGUGAACAAUCAAGCCGGCGUCACCAAUGCUGAUUCAAGUGAGGAGAAGAUGGACACCGCUUCCGACGUCAAGGAAGAAACCGCUGCUACUGAAGAGCACGAGAACAGUGCUGAGCGCACCAACGACGAGCGAAUCAACGAGCAGAACGGCCACACCAACCAAUCCUCCGACCAAAAGAAGAAGUGGGAGCUCACAAACAAAAUCAAGAGCAAGUUCGAAUUCGAAGAGUCGAGCGAUGCCGACGAAAUCCGCACCCAGGUCGAGUUCUACUUCUCCGACUCCAAUCUGCCAACUGACGCCUAUCUACUCAAGCUCACCGGCGGCCACAAGAACAUCCCCGUCGACGUUGGCAUCAUCCACAGUUUCAAGCGUAUGAAGCACUUCCAGCCGCGCUCUGCCGUUGUUGCCGCACUCACGGAAUCUGACACACUCGACAUUGGCGAUGACGGAGGCAUCACGCGCAAGGAGCCGCUUUCGCAGAAAUUCACCGACGACGUUGUCGAGAAUCAGGUCAUCCAGCAUGAACUGGCCAUGCCCCGCUCCAUCUACGCCAAAGGCUUCGGCCAGGAAGAUGCGGGCACACACCAGGCUAUCGAGAGGUGGUUCGCUCCGUUCGGCCCUGUGCGCAGUAUCCGCCUCCGUCGCGAACCGAAUGGCGAGUUCAAGAAGUCCGUCUUCGUCGAAUUCGACACCGAAGAACUGGCGAAUGCAUUUCUUGCACAGCAGCAACCAAUCAAGUUCCACGGUCAGAAGCUUAUCGUCAAGAGCAAGCAGGCGUACAUCGACACACGUUAUCAAGGCAAUGUUAACAAGAUGGUUGAUGAAACGAUGUCGUACGCUGCAGGCACGGGUAAGAGGCAGGGUGGGCAAUACCGCGGCAACAAUCACAGGAGGGGCAGCAACGAUCAGAGAGGCAAUCGCCGUGGAGGUCGUGGCGGUGGGCGCGGUGGUCGAGGCGACAGGCGGGACGGCGGUCGUCGUAGGGACAGAGAUGACCGCGAUGAUAAGCGCAACUCCGGCAGCCGCUACGAUGGGGACAAGAACGACUGGAAGAAGCGUCGUGCGGCCGACCGUGGGGAGCGUGAUGAUGCGGAUGAGAACGGGCAUGCGGAGAAGAAGGUGAAGGUGGAAGGGGCUGAGGCCGAUGGCGGGAAGGAUGGUGUCAAGGAGGACGCCAAGGACAACGUCAAGGAGCAGGUUCAGGAGGCUGCGCAGGAAGUCUGA